AUGUACCCAAGUAAACAACAGGUGUCAUGCUUUUAUUGUGAAUGGGUCGGGCGAAAAGAUAAAGCAAAAAACCAUUGGAAAAAAUAUCAUCCUGAAGAAAGAUUUAAGUUAAAGAUUUCCGAAAACAACUUGACUAAAUAUCAUUUUCGAAAAGAAGUAGCUGAAGAAUCCACAACAAUUCCCAAUGAUGAUGAAAAUACGGAUAUAUUUGAAGAGCAACAACAAGCAAAUAUCACUUUAUUGCCUCCAUGUCUACCAACCUCAACAUCAACAGUACCAACAAUGAAUAAUGCUACACUGCUGUCAACAACAAAUCUAUUACAUACACCAUCAAUUCCAAAUGCAACAUCAGAUAUAAAUACAUCGUCAGGUCCUACAGAAAAUUUAAAAUUGGUGUAUUCUAUGCAAGAUCAAUUGACAUUCAUGGCACAACAACUUACAAAAAUUAGUAAUUCAAUUGAAAAUAUUCAAUUAGAAAAAAAUAACAAAGUAUCAUCAUCAGCUUCUCAACAAGAUGAGAUCGAACAACUAUUUGAGAACAUUAUAUGUUCAGAUGAUUCAUUUAAUUUAAAAUGUUUAGAAAUAAAUUAUAAAUUAGAUAUGAUCAUAUGUAUUCCUUGCUGCACAUAG